AUGCAGUCCGCCACCCUCCGCUCCAGCUUCGCGGCUCGGCCCGCCACCCGGGUGGCGCGCCCCGCCCGCGGCAGCAUGGUCGUGCGCGCCGGCUACCUCGGCAGCGCCACCAACCAGAUCAUGGUGCUGUCCACCUUCCUGCCGCUGGUGGCCGGCCGCUUCGGCCUGGCGCCCACCUCCACCCGCCACACCGACCCCGGCUGCAAGCUGCUGCCGGUGGACAAGGCCGCCGGCCUCUACUCCGCUGACCCCGCUGGCUUCAACGCCGUGGAUGUGCUGGCUCUCGGUGCUCUUGGGCACGUCAUUGGAGUUGGCAUCGUGCUGGGUCUGAAGGGCACCGGCAACCUCUGA